CAUGUGGUUCCACAUGCAGUGUCAGGUGAUUUGGUCAACAAAACCAAGCAAUAUCUCACAUGGGCCAGGUAAUUCCCUACACGUGUCAUCCUGUCAUAGCUCCCUCUCAUCUGUUGACUUCCAAGAACAACAGACUCAGUCCCCACCUCUAAAAUAUAUAUAGGAGGCAAACAUACAGCACAAAAACUUUGUUCAUAUGCUUCAAAACUUCACAUACUUUGAAAAGCACAAGCCAGUAAUUGCAAGGCACAAGAAGGGCAGCGACAAUGGGAAACUGCUGCGCGCACGAAUCGGCUUCGACGGUGUGGGCCGGCGAUGACUGGGAGUUGCUAUUGGGGACGGGUACAGAGGAGGAGGAGCAAGAAGCUUCAUUGCGAGAAGAAGCGGCGAUGCCGUAUGGUUCUGGUUCGACUUCUUCGCACGGCAGGAGAGAGCAGGUGAAGAUAAAGAUCACAAGGAAGGAGCUUCGGGAGUUGCUGAAGAAGGCGGACAUGCAAAAGCUUUCUCAUCAAGAGAUGGUGGAAAGUCUGUUGAUGAAUGCAACCGGGGGCGGCAGCCACCGCUGCUCCGCCGAGAAGCACCACCGGUCGUGGAGGCCGGCGUUGAAGAGCAUUCCGGAGGUCAACUAAAAUCCUGGGAUGUUCUUGAUUUGCUGUUUCUUCUGCAUUUCUUUUGUUUGCUUGAUAUAUUUGUAUUUUGUAAUCAAGUAGUUGUUAGAUAGAAGUAGGUGAGGGGACAUAAUAGUUUGUGGGUGGAUAUUUUUGGAGUUUUUCCUUAUUAAUUUUUUUCUGGGAGAGGGAAUAAUCAAAGCAUUAUUUCAUUAUCUUGUGUACAGAAUUCUCUUUUGGAAUGUUUCUGAGAUU